AUGGUAUAUAUGAAUUUGGUUGCAUUAGCACCCUUAUUAUUUUCUGUUGAAGCAUUUGUGCUUCCAGAUAUGUUUCAACAAGAAUUUGCUACUCCUGAAUUACAACAAUUCUUUGAAGGUAAAGAUGAAUUAACUCGUGAAGUUCUAAAAGAUUCUUCAGCUGUUAAUUAUUGGAAACCACAUGUUCCAUAUUUUUUGAAACCAUUAGUUGAAACUGAAAAAUUACAAAAAAAGAUUCAACUUGAUGAUUUAAAUGCUACAGCUCAAGACUUAUAUGAUUUAGCUAAAAAAUCUCAUAAAAAAUAUGGUCAUCCAACUCGUGUUAUCGGUUCUCCAGGUCAUUGGGCUACCAUUGAUUAUAUUUUAGAAGCAUUAGAUGGUAUGUCAGAUUAUUAUAAUUAUACUUUACAAGAAUUUGACGCUUUAUCAGGUAAAAUUAAUUCUUUUAAUUUAACUGAUGCUAAGACAGGUGUUAGUUUCCCAAAUUCUACUGCUUUUUCAUUAUCUCCAUCAGUCAAACCAUUCACUGGUGAGUUAAUUGAAAUUCCAAAUUUAGGUUGUAAUGAAGCUGAUUAUAAAUCUUUAGAAAUUUUCAAUAAAGAUCAAUCUGAAGAUAAUAGUGUUAAAAAGAUUGCUUUAAUUGAAAGAGGUAAAUGUCCAUUUGGUAUUAAGAGUGAUCUUGCUGGUAAACAUGGUUUCCAUGCUGCUGUUAUUUAUGAUAAUGAACCUGAAAAUGGUGGUGAGGGACUUCAUGGUACAUUAGGUGAACCAAGAAAUCACACAAUUUCAACAAUUGGUGUAUCUUAUGAUGUCGGUGUCUUAUUAGUUACAAAUAUUGAAGUCUCAAAACAUUAUUUUGUUAAAUUUGAAAUGGAUUCUACUGUAAGUAAGAUUAAAACUAAAAAUGUUAUUGCUGAUACUAAACAUGGUGAUCCAGAAAAUAUCGUUGCUCUUGGUGCCCAUUCUGAUUCCGUCGAAGAAGGACCAGGUAUUAAUGAUGAUGGUUCUGGUACAAUUUCUUUAUUAACUGUCGCUAAACAAUUAACACAUUUUAAAAUUAAUAAUAAAGUCCGUUUUGCCUGGUGGUCAGCUGAAGAAGAAGGCCUACUAGGUUCAAAUUAUUAUGCUUAUAAUUUAACUAAAGAAGAAAAUCAUAAAAUUAGAGUCUUUAUGGAUUAUGAUAUGAUGGCAUCACCAAAUUAUGAAUAUGAAAUUUAUGAUGCAAAUAAUAAAGAUCAUCCAAAUGGUUCAGAAGAAUUGAAGAAAUUAUACAUUGAUUUUUAUAAACAUCACAAAUUAAAUUAUACAUUAAUUCCAUUUGAUGGUAGAUCAGAUUAUGUUGGUUUUAUUGAAAAUGGUAUCCCAGCUGGUGGUAUUGCUGCAGGUGCUGAAAAAGAUAAUGUUUGGAAUGGUAAAGUAUUAGAUAAAUGUUAUCAUCAAUUAUGUGAUGAUGUUAGUAAUUUAGCUUGGGAUGCAUUUUUAAUUAAUACUAAAUUAAUCGCACAUUCUGUUGCAACUUAUGCUAAUUCAUUUGAAGGAUUCCCAUUAAGAGAUGUUAAUGCUACUGCUGAUAUUACAACCACUAGUACGAACGAUGUUUACAACGAAGUACCAGUACCUCAAUUUAAGUACGCUGCAGACUACUUGGUCUACUAA